AGCUUCUCUUUUUUUAUUGAAGAAGAGGAAGAAUAUGACGAGCCUCCACGGUGCAAGGCGGGACAAGAUAUUGUGCUGCAGUCACCUGUUGACUGGGUGCUUUUGGAUGGCCGAGAAAGUUCAGAUGACCAUGGAAUUGUGCAGUAUGAGUGGACGCUGCUGCAAGGUGACUCAUCGGUUGAAAUGAAGGUACCACAACCAGGAACACUGAAACUGUCUCACGUUCAGGAAGGCGGGUAUGUUUUCCAGCUAACUGUGACAGACACUGCAGGUCAGCGGAGCUCUGACAAUGUCUCUGUGACCAUUCUGCCCAUGGUUCAUUCUGCAGUAGCCUGUGUUGGGGUUUGCUCUCGCUACCAAUUUAUCUGUGAUGAUGGCUGCUGCAUUGACAUCACGUUUGCUUGCGAUGGUGUGAGACAGUGCCCCGAUGGAUCAGAUGAAACUUUCUGCCAGAACUUUAGCCCAGGUCGGAAGACAGUGACACAUGCAGCUCUUGGCACUACCCAGCAAAGGAUGGUAGGACUGAUUGAAAACACAGAUGAAGACAUCUCUGCAGAAAACACCCUGAAAGCCACUGCCAGAAAUCAACCGCUUCUCUCAGUGGAUGCAGACAUGUCUAACCAAUCGCUUUCUCAGGGACCAAAGAAACAAAUCAGUGGAUUUGUGCCAGAUAACAGUUCCUCAGGGAAAAGAACGGAUAAUAAAAAUGAGAAUGGCAUAAUGGUGCCAAAAAGAGAUCAGCUUGGAGGUAGUCAUCCAGUCCCAGAAACAGGUGCUGUGUUACCCUUAGCCUUAGGCUUGGCCAUCACUGCUUUACUGCUGCUUAUGGUUGCUUGCAGACUGCGUUUAGUGAGACAGAAGCUUAAAAAAGCUCGACCCAUUACAUCUGAAGAGUCCGAUUACCUCAUCAAUGGGAUGUACCUCUAAAAAUUGGAUUUAGGUCAGUUGUUUUCUCCCCUUUCUCCUGUGUCCAUGAACCUCUGCCUCUAUAAAAGGACCAAAACUUUUAGUUAAGUUUCAAUUGUAGAAGCCUAUGAGAUGAGGAACGUGUUCUUCCCCUUUGGUGAUAAAAUAAAAAAGCAGGUAGAUGCCUGGGCUCAGAAAGUAAGAAGUGUUCAGGCUCCAGAGACUAGCUCCAGUUGGCUCUUGUGCAGAAGGCACUGCAAAGUGGGGACACCCCAAACUGGACAUGAGGUGCCCUUGCCCCACUACCCUCCGCCAGCAGUUGGUGUGCUGGCCGUGGCAGAGUAUGCCAUGGGGCCAGGGCGCUGCAGCAGCUGAGGCCCAGCAGCCCUGGCCGAGGCGUAGAGGGGGCCUGUGCUGCCCUGCUCCUCUCAGCGCUGCUGCCACUCCUCUCUGGGGACUGGGACGCUCCAGACCAACGCGUUACUUCGCUGUCCAGCAAAGAGACUGAUUUGUGCACUUUCCACUUGAUGCAUUGGGAGGAUUUUCAUUAAAAAAUUUGUCUUGCUUUGUUAAUUAAAAGCAAUUGCUCUAAGCACCAGCUUUUGUAAUGAAAUUUGAGAUUUAAGGAACAAAGCAUCUUUUUUUCAUUUGUAGUUUAAACCUCUGUACAGCUAACAGAGUCAUGCUUCCUAAAUGCUAAAGUGAAAAAAUGCAAGUCCUCAGUGGAUGAGUUUGGACUUAGCAGUGCUCAACAGCAGUCAUGUGUGAUCCCAGAGCUAUGUCUCUCCUCAGAGCUCAGGGCUUGUUCAGCCUUUUCCACCCCUAGCUUGACACCUUCCACAGUGCGAGAGAGCAGCACACAGUGGCUUUUACCUGAGACACUGGAGCGUAGGAUUCCUGUUGGUUAUCCCAUAGCUUCCUGCAAAGCUUGAAAGCUUCGGUGACCUGCCCUCACCCCAGAAAAAUUCUUAUAGAAUUAGAGCAAGUAAUUGGUAUGUGUGAGUGACCUUCAGAUGUGUUAAUAGUAAAAUGUGUACAGUACAUGUUAUAUAUACACACACACCACAUGCUGUCUAUCUUGUUUGACUGUCCAAGGAUAUCACAUUCAUCACAGGUCCCAAUAAAAAGAGGCAAAAUGAGGCAUGCAUCUUUUUGUAUGUCGUCUUUUGUAACUUUGAGUCGGCAAGAAUAUUCCAUGGUAUACAAAUAGUUCUUCAAGUUGCUCGGUCUUGAUUACUUUAUGUAAAAUAGCUCUAAUAAACCUAUUUUGUUCUUA